UCAUUUUCAAUAUUUGGCGCGUGAUGUCUACUCCGGAGGGCGUUUUGUUGCCAGAUGGCCGGAAAAUCGGAGACCUAAAGGUUGCUGAUCUCCGAAACCAACUAGAGAUUAGAGGUCUUAGUCGCUCAGGAGUAAAAAAAGACUUGUGCGCACGUCUAUCGGAUGCUGUAGAUGGAGAAUUGCGUCAAAUGAGAAAUGAGUCUGGAUCUGUUGCCAAGUGUGUAGAAUCAGAAGACCCCCUUGGUGGUAAUAAUAAUGUACAAAACGAAGAUACUUUAGAAAUUGAUGCAGUCGCAUCGGACGAAGAAAUUACUGAAGUAUCUACAUCUGCUGAUAUAUCUGAAGUCAAGUCAGAGGAGCUUCUGUACCUGAAAAAUCCUGUGGUUGCAUUUUUCCUUAUGUAACCGCUUUUCCUUUGUAUACCACUCUGGUCCAAAUAUUUAUCCUUUUGCUGUUUUUACUUAUAUUUACUUUUCUCUGUCUUCACAAUGUUAGCUUAUCGUGUGGCACAUAUUCAUUUUAGUGUUUAUUUGUACCAUUUUUUGUGUUUAAAUAAUAAACAGUAAUACUUAUGUUAAUUUAUCUUUGCUGAUGUAUGGAACUUGUCCGGUGCACAUUAUCUCUGUAUUGCUUUGAAGAACUUAAUUAAAUUAACAUAGCAUCGUGUAAGCGAUAUCUUCACUAAACUCUAGUACUUUUGUGAAAGUAGUUCAUAUUUUUUCUCAGCAAACUUCGUUUCAAGGUAUUAUUAUACUGAACAUAUGAAUAGAACCAAAGGAUCGUAGAUUGUUACAGUAUAACUAGUUACUACAUCGUACUUUGUUCAUAUUAAUUCUACUAAGACAUUUCAUUUCGUUUUCAGCAUUGAAAUAGCUGUAAGUUUAACUGUUAAUAUUUGAUACUUGAUAUAAUCUGUUCUUAAUAGCGUAAGAAAAAUCAGUUGUAGUAUGAUCGUGUAUAGAUGUUUAUAGAUUUUAUAUCAUUUGUAGCAUUGAUAGUGGAUUUAUGCAAUUAUAAUAUGUUAUUUUAUUAUUUUUUGUUGUUAAAUAUGUUAAUAACUUACCGAAAACCUUCCUUCUUUAUCCUUCGUCACUGGUGUUUGUUUUACCUUUUUUGUACUUGCCUAAAUGUACUCCUUGUUCCUGUUUAUACUCGCUAGUCGUUCACAUAUGAGAUGGUCGCAUUCGCACUACGCGUUUGUUAGACAGCACGCUUACUGAUGUCUCACCUAAUCAGUCAAUUGGGGCAACUUAUAAUCCAAUCAUAUAUGGCCUUUGAUUAUAACGACGGUUAUACCUUUCGAAAUUCAAAUCUGUAACUCUUCUUACUAUGCUGGUCGUGUUGCAUAUGGAUUGUGUUGAAAAAAACUUCAUAUUUGAAAAUUACUGACGAUUGUUACGCAAUCUCUUUUUCACCAACCAAUGUUAAAAUAAAAAGACAUCCUAACAACAUAAAUAUUUAGUAUCUUUAAAACCAAACUGUUGUUGUCUAAACUGUCGUUAUCGAACAAAAUCAAUUGUAUUGCCCGACAGUAAUUAUUCUUUCACUUUUCUUAAUUGACAUUUUGUCCUUUUUCACUCAAUAUCUCAGUUCUCGUUUUUUGUACAUUUACAAUUGCAAAACCUUCGUGAUUUAAUCUCACAUGAACUAAGGCGCUUUUUUAUUAUUCCAAACUCGAUUUGUUGUCUUAUUUUGUAAAAAAUCUGUACUAUUCCAUCUCUUAUUCUAUCAGUGUCGUUUCUUAAUCUGGUUACUUUCAAGAAAAUCAUUCAUUCCUCCUUUCGGUAUUGUAUCACUAAACAUUCAACAAUUCACGUACCCUAAAUGUAAUAUUUCUUAAUUUUGAUAAUGAUUUCUUUGAAAGACAAUCCACAUGAUAACAUUGUUCUGCAAAUCAGUCUUUUGUAUUAUUAUUGUUAUUAUUACCAGAUCACUUAUUGGUCUUCUUAGCUUAAAUCGAUAAAUAUUUUCAAGUGACAAUUUAGUUAAUUACACUUCAAAACAUCACUCAUUUCCUCUUACUAAAAAUUGACAAUUAUGUAAUGAAAGACCUAUGGUCAUGAUAAUACAGAACAACUUAUUUUUAUACAUCUCGAUAUUCGAUGGUAUAAUUCUCAGAAGAACCGCGUAUAGUGAUGUGUACUCUACGUGAUCUGUCAAGUAUAUGUAGAAACGAAGUUUCAGGUUAAUUUUUUUUCGUAUUACGUUAUUUGUAUUUUUCUUAAAAAAGAUUUUUUAAAUGUGUUUACUUUGUUUACGCCAGUUGUUGUUGCUCAUAAGAUAGAGGCAUUUAAUUAAUUGUCCAUGACGAAAUCCUGUUGUGGUUCUGGUUUUUAUGUAGCCCUGCUAGCAUGAUUGAUUCAUUCUGUUGUGCUAUUAUGCAUUAAGUUUAUUGUUGCUACAAAUGAACAAUAGCGUAAGUGAAUGGUUGUUUUGUCUUGAUUCAUAAAAAGUGUUUCUAAAAUUUUCUGACUGUCUGUCAGCAAGUGUGAAAUAAGAUAACCAUCACGGAGUGUUGUUUCUUGAUAUGUUUGUUUGUUUGUUUUCCAACUCUUUAAUGAUUUAUUAAUAAAGUUGAGUAAUGUGAUCUUACGUAUUUGUUUUGUUAAAUUUAAAUUACUUGGAUUUUAGAAGUCUGAAAGUCUUUGUAAGUCGCCCUCUGUAUCCUCCGAAUCUAAACCGGAUCCUAACAACUCAGGAGUGUCGGCUGAAGUAUCGAACGUCGAGGUUACCGAUGGUACACAGGUUUCAGACCCACCUAUUUCGAUUGCAACUGAUACCAAAACAGAAGUGGAAACACAACCGGUACGUAGAAGACAGUGGGGGUCACGCUCAAUCGCGAGCACCCCAUCAUUGUCUUCAGAAUCUUUAGAGAAACUCAUACCAACUUCAUGUUGGAUACGAAGUAAAAGUACAGUGAUAGAUAAUGAAAAUGAUGAAGUUUCACACACAUCACCUGUUGCUAUUCAGGACACCGUCAGUCAUAUUGAUGAUUCAAAUGAGAAAUGUGAACCGUUUAAUGAUGAUGUUGAUGAUAAAGCGAAAGAGGAAAAUAAUGAGUUUGAUCAUCGAAUUAAAAAUAAAUUAUUCACCGAUCAUAAAAAUAAUCAUAAUAUUAAUGAAGAGGACAGUUCCGACAACAGAAUUAAAGACAAUAGUAAUGAUGAUAAUAGUGAUCGUUUACAUCUUGAGCGUGAGCUUGAAUUAGAAGUAGAUGCAGUUGUGGAAAACAUGGAUACUUAUGAUGACAAUAAUAACCCUAUUGAAGAAAUUUCAGUUGCAUAUGAUUCUCGUACUGUUCAUUUAUCGUCAUCUGAUAUAAGCCCAAAAUUAGAUGUCAUUAUCAAGCGUGGAUGUGUUGUUAAUACUGCUUCUACUACUACAACUACUAUUAAUAUAACACCACCACCACCAAUAACUAUUGCUGCUAUGACUACAGGCAUAAAUGUUAAUUAUCCUACUAUUACACAGUCUACCAAUCAAAUGACAACAAAAAUAGGAGAAGGACUACAAUCGAAUUCAUGUCAUUUAACUCAAACAAAGAAAUCACCACCGCCUAAACGUAAAGGUCCCAAAGAAACAAAGGCUGUAGGCUAUUUGGUGGAACCACCAGAGCGUAUUGAACCCGUACAACCUGCUAAGCAUCCACAAACGGAUAUUGUUUAUAUUCGCUUUCUUGUACGACCAUUUACUGCUGAACAAUUGCGUCAAAUGGUUGUAACUCAUUUCGGUCCAGUUGUUGAUCUAUGGCUGGAUAAAAUCAAAUCAUCUUCACUUAUACGCCUGCAAACAGUUGAAUAUGCUGCAAAAUGUCGUGACGGAUUAGAUGGAAGUCGUUGGCCAUCAAUGAACCCACGUGUGUUACGCUGCGACUACGCAAGUACAGAUUUAUUUGAAUGGAUGAAGGUCAACGGAGAUUCUAGUGAUCUUCAACCACCGAAGCAUUUGUUACUUGGUGACGCUUCUUCAAAUACAGAGAUUUCCAUAGUGGAAGCUGAUAAAUCAGAUAAUGGUUUUACGACAUCCACAGACCAAGAAAAAAAACCUAUCGAUCUAAGACGAAAAUUAGAACGAAGCAAUCGAGACAUAGAGCAGCCUCUUUCUGUUACCAAAUCUCGACAAGGUGAAAAUAAAGAGACUCCAAUAGCUGAAGCGAAACCUAAAAGUGAAGAACCUGCAAAGUUGUUGAACAAUUUAUUUCGUAAGACAAUCGCCACUCCUUCCGUCUAUUGGCUUCCUUUAACACCUGAACAGGUUAAUCGACGAAUAAAAAAAUCGGUUGCUGAUAAAUCGGAUGCUAAAAAAAUCACAAGCCGACAUUCCUCACAUCCAUCAGAAGAGCCAGUACAAAAAGCAACCCGUAGUCCAUUUGCUAAUUCUUCCUCGUCUUCGCCUUCUCCUCCUUCCUAUCCUUCUGGUUGUAUUCCCAAUCAAUCUCGCAGGAAUCCAACCACAGAUCGUAGCGCUAGACCAAAAAUCCCAGAUGCAAAGUUGUCCUCCAACUCUAAAUCGAGUGGUGACAUUGUUAGGCAUAAUUCGACAAAAAAAACAGUAUCGGGUAAUGUAUUGUAUGACAGUAAACAUUCAACGUGUGAAUCUAAACCGAAAUCUACCAGAGAUUCAAAAGGUGAGAGUCGUGACAUCGUAGCAGACGACAAUAAACAACAAGGUCGGUUACCAAAACAAGAUACUUCAUCUACUAAUCCUACUUUGUCGAAAAUUGAUAAACCAUCUGACAAUAGUCGCAAAAAAGAAUUAUCUCCAUCUACAAAUACACGAAAACGCCGUUACUCAAAGACAGAUAGCGAUGAUAAAGAAGUGAUUCCUUCAAAACAGAGUCGACCGAGCUUAACGUCAUCUGGUGAUUCAUCUGUUGUAGGUGAAGCAUUGGCAGCCUAUAAGAAGAACCAUAUGGGGACACAACAUCAUCGUUCGGAACACCGUAGACGUUCAUCCAGCAAUCGUCAUAGUUCUCCAAACCAUCGUAGUAGCUUUAAGAAUAGUUUUCCAGAAGGUUCUCGUGUCAAAGACAAGGAUUCCAUGUCACAUUCUCGUGACAGCGGUCGACGUCGUUCACGUUCAUUAAAACAAAGACAUCGUUCUCGAUCUACUGGACGUAGAGAUCGUUCCUCAUCAAAUCGUUAUCGAUCACGACGUUAACUUACUGUCUUAUAUCAUUUGGAUCAAUAUUCAUACAAAUACAUACAAAUGCAUUGUAUAUGGCAUAAAAUCUCAUUGUUUUUUGCUGGCGUUUUCUUCUUGUGUUAUAAUUCUUCUCUUUGUUAUCCGAAAAAUAUAUUGUUUUGUCACUUUGUGAAGACAUUGUCAGUUCAAUCAAAAAUAUGAACAUGAAAUUUUAUUCAUUUUGCAUUUCUACAUUUAAAAAAUAUAGUAAGAAAAAUCGGAAUGAUCCUAUUCGUGAUUUUGAUAAAUUAAGUGUUGAACUGUAGUAGUUUCACAUGAAACUGUUGAUGUUUUCCCGUAUGAAAUUCCAAAAAUAUUCAUCUUUUAUUAGAAAUAAAUCGUUUUGCGUCGUAAAAUGAUCCAUCGUUAUUUCGACGUCAUUUGUGUAGUGGUAAUACUGCCUGCUUUAAUAUUGACCAAAAAGGGUGUUUGAAUAAGUUCGACACGUGUUUCAAUAACAGCAUACAAAGUACGUGACUACUUCUAUGAAUAUGUUGUUCAUCUUGUAUGCUAAUGAGGUGUUGCAUAUAUGUGCCUGGUCGUACGGCGUAGCUGACUGACACGCGAACAGUAAACCUCCAAGCUACUGAACUGAUAUGUCUACCUUCAGACAAUCUGCAACAUCUCCAACUGUCUACACUGGAUAACUGUCACAUCCAAUAUUCUCGAACUCCAUUUGUCCAUUUGCCUUCAUUGCCAAUACACGUUUCCUAUAUAAAUAAUAAAUGCUGUUAUCCUGAAUUCUUUUUGCAAUUUUAUAACUGUCAGGCUAUAAUACUUCCUCAAAUCACAAACGGAGUAUCAAUCCCUCUAAAGAUCACAAGUACAUCUUGCUGACAAUUAACACACUGCUUCAAAACUCAAAUCGAGAAAUAUUUUCUGCGAACUUUUUGUCAACUGUAUAACAUCUCAGCAUAUUACAUACGCUGCCUAAUUAUUUAGACUAAUGGUCAUAUUGUAAAUUGAAUAUUGUAAAAUUUUAACUACAAAUAUAAUCGAACUAUUUCAGUAAAACGGCAGAUUAACUUAACUAGGCACCUCAAUAUUUUUGUUG